UUCUGAUCUCUAAAGAGAUCAUGAGCUGUAGGAGUUUAGCCCUGAGUUGUCAGCCUUGGCAGCAUCGUGUGUCGGCUUUCUGCCUGAUGUUCGCAUGUGUCGGAGUCAGUGUGGCUUUCGGUCCAAAUAAACUGGAGGAGGAAGAUUAUGAAGAUGUCCCCAUAAAUAAGACCUGGGUACUAUCGCCCAAGGUCUAUGAAAGUGAUGUCACCUUGAUCCUAAACACGUUAUUGCAGGGUUAUGACAACAAGCUCCGACCUGACAUUGGAGUAAGACCGACGGUGAUUGAGACAGCGGUAUAUGUUAAUAGUAUUGGACCGGUUGACCCCAUAAAUAUGGAGUACACCAUUGACAUAUUCUUUGCCCAGACGUGGUAUGACAGCAGGCUGAAGUUCAACAGCUCAAUGAAGCUCCUCAUGCUCAACAGCAACAUGGUUGGAAAGAUCUGGAUCCCUGACACCUUCUUCCGCAACUCCAGGAAGUCAGACGCCCACUGGAUCACGACGCCCAAUCGGCUUCUGCGGCUGUGGAGCAAUGGGCGGGUCAUGUACACAUUGAGGUUGACAAUUAAUGCGGAAUGCUACCUUAAACUGCAUAACUUUCCUAUGGACGAGCACUCGUGUCCGCUGGAGUUUUCGAGCUAUGGGUACCCAAAAAACGAGAUUCUCUACCGCUGGCAGAGGAGGUCCGUGGAAGUGGCUGAUCAGCGGUACUGGAGGCUGUACCAGUUCGCGUUCGUCGGCCUGCGCAACACGUCAGACGUAGCACACACUCAAUCGGGGGAAUAUGUCAUCAUGACCAUCUUCUUUGAUCUGAGUCGGCGGAUGGGCUACUUCACCAUCCAGACUUACAUCCCUUGCAGCAUGAUUGUGGUUCUGUCCUGGGUCUCUUUCUGGAUCAACAAGGAUGCCGUUCCAGCCAGGACAUCGUUAGGGAUCACCACAGUGUUGACCAUGACCACCCUCAGCACCAUAUCCCGGAAAUCACUCCCCAAAGUGUCGUAUGUGACGGCCAUGGAUCUCUUCGUCUCCGUCUGCUUCAUAUUCACCUUCGCUGCGCUCAUGGAAUACGGAACGCUCCACUAUUUCACGAGCAACAGGCAGGCAAAGAAAUCCAAAUCCAGCAACGUACAGCAGAAAUCCACUGUGGUUAACAUCCGGCCAGGGCCAUCGCUACUGCAGAUGAACAACAUCGCCCCCUACCAUGAAGAGGACGACUAUGCGUAUGAAUGCCUGGACGGCAAAGAUUGCACCAGCUUCUUCUGUUGUUUUGACGACUGCCGCUCAGGUGCUUGGCGAGAGAAUCGCAUGCAUGUCCACGUGUCCAAGAUCGAUUCCUACUCACGAAUAUUCUUCCCCACUGCAUUUGGCCUCUUUAACCUCGUCUACUGGGUUGGGUAUCUCUACUUAUGAGAUGCAAAGUCAGUUAUUCAAAUAAUCAAAUAUUUUAUGAUGAUCUUUCUCCUCACUACAUCCCAUAUUAAAAAAGAAAUGGGGAUUCACAAAAUAAAUGUAUUGAUACUUACGAGAAGCAGCGUUUUUAGUCCAAAGUGGCAGGAAAUAAUAGACUCUGACCCCAUUAGAAUUGAAAAAAAGAACAGAAGGAAAAACUAUGUAACUGAUGUAAGAACUCUGACGAUACAGUGUGAUGUUUUAGAGGCAAUAUAGAACUUGUUAAAGUUUUCGGUUUAGCGGAACAUACCGAAAAGAAUUACGCUGUCAGCCCACCUAUUAAAAAACUAUGAGAACCCAGAUGGCAGCCCAGCAAAAAAAAAAUUAUAAUAAAAAAAAAAACCCACAGCUGUUCU